CACCAGAAGCAGCACUAGCAAAAGGGUCUGCUGUUCACUACCGCAACAAGCCAGAAACAAGAAACACGACAAGGAUGGCAACGGCAGUCGCAUCUUCGUCCGAGGUAAGCCCGAAAGAGAUCUCGGCGAUGGAGCGGAGGCUCGACGACUUGUGUUCCGCGUCUCACCGCGUGUCCCCACCCCUUGUUUCGUGCGCGUGCACUCGAUCGAUGCGUUUUGGCGUUUUUGCUUGCCUUUCGUGCACAGAUCCCAAUGGCGUCUCCGGCGAGCACCAAGGCGGCAACCCUGCCGGCACCCAAGGAAGAGGACGAACUCGACCUUUACCAGGAGGUCAAGGGGCUCGAGAUGCAGCUCGAAUUCGUGGAACUCCAGGAGGAAUACCUAAAGGACGAGAUGCGCCACCUGCAGCGAGAACUCCUCCGCGCCAAGGAGGAAAUCCGCCGGAUCCAAUCCGUUCCGUUGGUGAUUGGCCAGUUCAACGAGAUGAUCGACGCCAACUACGGGAUCGUCUCCAGCACCGCCGGGUCCAACUACUACGUUCGGAUCCUCAGCACGCUGGACCGGGAACUCCUCAAACCCAACACGAGCAUUGCGCUCCACCGCCACUCGCACUCCCUCGUAGACAUUUUGCCCCCGGAGAGCGAUUCAACCGUCAAGCUCAUGACGGAAAAGCCGAACGUCACCUACAAGGACAUCGGAGGCCUCGACAUGCAGAAGCAGGAGGUCCGCGAGGCCAUCGAGCUCCCUCUUAUCCAGCACCACCUCUACCAGCAGAUCGGAAUCGACCCGCCCCGCGGGGUGUUGCUCUACGGGCCCCCGGGAACCGGAAAAACGAUGAUGGCCAAGGCGGUGGCGGGUGCCACCAAGGCCACCUUUAUCAGCAUGGUGGGGUCGGAGUUUGUGCAAAAAUACCUGGGAGAGGGACCCCGGAUGGUCCGGGACGUCUUUCGCCUGGCGCGGGAGAACAGCCCCUGCAUCGUCUUUAUCGACGAGGUCGACGCGAUCGCCACGAAGCGAUUCGACGCCCAGACGGGGGCCGACAGGGAGGUCCAGCGCAUCCUCCUCGAGCUCCUCAACCAGAUGGACGGUUUCGACCAGACCACAAACAUCAAGGUCAUCAUGGCCACGAACCGCGCCGACACCCUGGAUCCCGCCCUCCUGCGGCCGGGACGGCUGGACCGAAAGAUCGAGUUCCCCAACCCCGAUCGGCGGCAAAAACGCAUGGUCUUCCAGGCCGCCACGGCCAAGAUGAACCUGUCGGACGAGCUCGAUCUGGAGGACUACGUCAACCGGAGCGAGAAGGUCUCCUCCGCCGACAUCUCGUCCAUCUGCGCCGAGGCCGGUCUGCAGGCCGUCCGGGAAAACCGGUACGUGGUCCUGCCCAAGGAUUUCGACGCGGCCUACAAGAAAGCCGUCAACAACCGCGAGAAGGAACUCGCCUUUUACACAAUCUAGAACAAACCGCAAUCGCCAUCAAAUCAACACUGCCACCAGCAUUCCACAACACCCCGUGCGUAUUUUGGGCCGGGCCUUGUUCCUAGGAUCGUACCGUACGCAGUACUGUUCUGUUCUGUUCUGUUCUGUUUUGUUCUGUUCUGUUCAUACCUUCGUUCCUCGUCCUCGUUGUCUGUCUACGGGCGAAGCGAGGAGUCGUUGAAAGAAAAUAAACAUAGAAUGCCUAC